GCAUAUGUGAUAUGGCCAUUUAUUUCUCAAGCUAGAUAGCAUCCUUCACCUGCUAAAUCCUUUACUUUUUCUUCCCUCAGUUACAUGUGACUACCUUUCCCUCCAUAAUACUAAAACCAAAGGUCACGUUCUCCUUCUCCAGUUCCAGUUCUCCCUUCCUGCAUGUGCUCCCAAUUAAUUUUGUAUUAAUUGUUGCACACGUUACAUACAUACAUACACCAUGCCUGUAAACAUAACCUCCGUCAAAACUUCCUCCAAUGGAGUCUGGCAAGGCGAUAACCCUUUGGACUUCGCCUUCCCGCUCCUCAUCGUCCAAACCAUCAUCGUCCUCGUCCUCAGCCGCUCCCUCACUUUCCUCUUCAAACCUCUCCGACAACCUAAAGUCAUUGCUGAAAUUGUCGGUGGGAUUCUGCUAGGACCAUCAGCAUUGGGGAGGAGUGAGAGCUACUUGCACCGCAUCUUCCCAAAAUGGAGCAUGCCGACGCUGGAAUCGGUGGCCAGCAUAGGCCUUCUCUUCUUCCUCUUCCUCGUCGGCCUCGAGCUCGACCUCAACUCAAUCCGCCGCAGCGGCCGGAACGCCUUCACAAUCGCCGCGGUCGGAAUCUCCGCUCCAUUCAUCGGCGGCAUCGGCGUCGCCGUCGUCCUCCGCAAAACCGUCGAAGGCGCCGACAAGGUCGGAUUCGGCCAAUUCGUCGUCUUCAUGGGCGUCGCCCUCUCCAUCACAGCAUUCCCCGUCCUCGCCCGAAUCCUCGCCGAGCUCAAGCUCCUCACCACGCGAGUCGGCGAAACCGCCAUGGCCGCCGCCGCGUUCAACGACCUCGCCGCCUGGGUGCUCCUCGCGCUCGCAAUCGCGCUGGCAGGUAGCGGCGCCGACGGAGACGGCAAAAGCCCUCUGGUAUCCGUCUGGGUGCUCCUCUCCGGCGCCGCCUUCGUCGCCUUCAUGAUGGUAGUUAUCCGGCCAGUCAUGACACGCGUCGCGAGGCGGUGCUCCCCUGAAAACGACGUCGUUGACGAGGCUUACAUUUGCCUAACCCUCGCCGGCGUGAUGGUGUCAGGUUUCAUCACAGACAUGAUCGGAAUCCAUUCAAUUUUCGGGGCGUUUGUGUUCGGAUUGACGAUUCCGAAGGGUGGGAACUUCGCCGAGAAAUUGAUGGAGAGAAUUGAGGAUUUCGUUCUGGGAUUGCUGCUUCCGCUUUACUUUGCUUCCAGUGGGUUGAAAACCGAUGUGACGAAGAUUAGCGGCGGAAAAGCGUGGGGGCUUCUGGUUCUGGUGAUUUCGACGGCGUGCGCCGGGAAGAUUCUGGGGACGUUCGUGGUGGCCGUGAUGUGUAGGAUUCCGGUGAGGGAGUCGCUCACGCUUGGUGUGCUCAUGAACACCAAGGGACUCGUGGAACUCAUUGUGCUCAACAUUGGGAAGGAGAAAAAGGUAUUAAAUGACGAAAUAUUUGCAAUCCUGGUUCUGAUGGCUCUAGUGACCACCUUCAUGACAACCCCAAUAGUGAUGGCCAUAUACAAACCAGCUCGUGGCAUCAUAUCCAAGACAUGUCGCAAGCUGGGUGACCUCUCCACCCACUCAAUGGACCAAAAGGAGGCGGCCCAGCUCCGAGUCAUGGCCUGCAUCCACGGCCCAAGCAACAUCCCCUCCAUCAUCGGCCUCAUCGAAUCAACCUGCGGCACCAGCAACUCCCUCCUCAAGCUCUUCAUCAUGCACCUCGUCGAGCUCACAGAACGCUCAUCAUCCAUCAUGAUGGUCCAACGCGUUCGUAGGAACGGUUUCCCCUUCUUCAAUCGGUUCAAUCGUGGCGAGUGGUACAACCGGCUCGCCGGAGCCUUCCAAGCCUACAGUCAACUGGGCCGGGUCCAAGUUCGGUCCACUACCGCGAUCUCCUCUCUCUCCACCAUCCACGAGGACGUUUGCCACGUGGCGGAGGAGAAGAGGGUCACGAUGAUCGUCUUGGUGUUCCACAAACAGUGGAGGGUGGAAGCUGACGAGGACCACGACAAGGGUCAUGAGGUGGUGGAGAAUGUUGGACACGAGUGGAGAGGGGUGAAUCAGAGGAUUCUUAAGGACGCGCCUUGCUCUGUGGCUGUGCUCGUUGACCGAGGGUUUGGGUCCAAGACUUUGGGCCCAAAUGCCACAGAGGCCCAACGAAUCGGGAUUGUGUUCUUUGGUGGGCCUGAUGAUCGAGAGGCGCUGGAGUUAGGGAAGAAAAUGACUGAUCACCCAACAGUUGAAGUGACUGUUGUGAGGUUCGUUGAAAGAGAUGGGGAAGCUGACAACAUUGUGCUGCGCCAAUCACCCCACAGAAGUACUGAUGAUAGCUACAGCUUCUCAACGGCUAAAAUGAACCGCCAGAAGGAAAAAGAGUCGGAUGAGAAUGCGAUCGAGGAGUUUCAAAGUGUGAGGGAAGGGAAGGUGAAGUAUAUUGAGAAAGUUUGCGGCAACAUCGUGGAGGAGGUGUUGGCUAUAGGAGAAAGUGGGGAUUACGAUCUCAUAAUUGUUGGAAAGGGUCGGUUUCCAUCCACUAUGGUGGCAGAACUUGCAGAGAGGCACGCGGAGUACGCGGAGCUAGGCCCUGUCGGAGAUAUUCUAGCAUCAUCAACGGGACACAAGAUGAGGUCAUCGGUGUUAGUUAUUCAACAACAUGAUGUUGCGUUGAUGGAUGAGGCCCCUAUGUACAAGGUCAAGGUGCAUGAUGAAAAUAUUGUUGAUAAUUCAUCUUCCAAGGGAGAAAUUUCAAUAGCCAUCGAUAACGAUGUGUGAUAAUUUGUUGGGUGGUGGGGAUGAGGACAACAUCCAAGUAGCAUAUAUCUCAUAUGAAGCUUUAAAGUGAAUAAGUAAAUAUGUAAUUUUCCUUGAAUUUCAGUGGGUUAAUAUCAAUGGUGCAAGUUGAAUUAACAGUUAUUGGUUUGCA